AUGUCUCUAGUAAUACUUCUUUUCCUCGCUGUUGUUAAUCUCUCAACUUUUAUGGGGCAGCCGACUCGCCCUGUGAGUACUCUACCGCCUCCCGGUACAUGUCAACCUAUAACUGGUGUGGCCAUGUGUCUUUAUGUGCCAUGGGGAAAUGCCUCCUUCCCCAAUCUCAGGGAACACAGGACACAGAGCGAAGCAAACACCGAAGUGAACGUAUUUCAACCUCUUGUUACACAUCAAUGCUCUAACGCCAUCGUUCACUUUCUUUGUGCAGUGUACACUCCGGCUUGUGUCGAAGGACCCGAAGGAACCGUCACGCUCAAACCCUGCAGGAAUCUCUGUAACCAUGUGAGGAAUACUUGUGAACCUUUGAUGCAACAGGGGGGAUUGGAUUGGCCGCCUCACUUUGAGUGCUCUAACUUUCCCGAAAGUACGGGAUCCACUAGUGAUAUUGAUAGUCUGUGUUUCAAAGUGCCUAUCAAUGUUACCAUACCACCUGAGUUACUACCGUCUGCUACUACAUCUUCUGGUACAGCCGUUCAACCUACCGCUGCAACCUCCUCUACCUUUGUCUCUUCCAUGACAUUAGGCACUACACCCAUACCUACGGCUACCACGAUUCCUUCAAGUCAGAAAUGUAGCCCCGAUUUGGAUCUACGUCGAUUGGGACAUGAAUUCGCUAAUUCUAGCUACACAUUUGCUUCGAUCCCAAACUGUGCUGUCCCUUGCGAAGGCAUAUUUUUCACAGAGACGGAGCGUAACGUCGUCGCUCCAGCUUUCAUAUUAGUUUGUGCUCUUAUCUGCAUCGGUUUUACUUUAUUUACCGUAGGUACUUUCAUGAUCGACCGUCAGCGUUACCAUUAUCCGGAACGCCCAGUCAUAUUCCUGGCCUUGUGUUAUCUUAUCCUAUCACUUGCCUUUGUUGUGGGGGCUAUUGUGAAGCUAAGUGACCCAAAAUCAUCAUUUGCCUGUUCUGACACAGCAGACUCCCAGUCGUUUGUUUUUCAAGAUCUACCAAACUCUACACCAACUUUUCACAGUGCCAGCUGUGUCAUACUCUUUAUCAUUACAUACUACUUCCAGAUGGCAGGUGCAAUAUGGUGGGUCAUUCUGACUUUGACUUGGUUCAUGGCUUCAACUCUCAAAUGGGGCGAGGAAGCAGUUGAAAGGCCUUGGUUACUCUACCACAUAUUUGCAUGGUGCAUACCGGCGAUAUUAGUUAUCCUCCUAUUAUCAGUACGACUGGUUGACGGUGAUCAACUCUCAGGGAUAUGCUACACAGGAAACAGCAGCUCUGUUAGCAUGGGUGUCUUUGUCUUGUUGCCACUCUUGUUGUUUCUAAUUCUGGGCAUCGUAUUUCUUGUUAUUGGGUUUGGCUCGCUUGUUCACAUUCAUCUCCAAAUCAGCAAAGACCCAAACAAGUCGAGGAGACUCCAACGACUCAUCAUCAGAAUCUUAGUCUACGCUCUACUCUACAUAAUCCCGACUUUCAUUUAUAUCUUUCUGUGUAUCUAUCAGUUGGCAGAAAGGAAUAGCUGGGAAGAAUCGUAUAUAAAGUGUCCUCCUUCUAGCUUUAAUUGUGAGCCGGAGUCAAAGCCACAGUUUACAGCUCUCUUGAUGCGUUACCUAGUUCUCUUCAUCAUUGGCAUUUUCAGCACGUUUUGGGUCAUCUCAUGGAAGACACUAUUAGCAUGGCAGAAGUUCUUUGACAGUAUCUUCUUCUGUUGUCACAAGCGUGAAGAUUACCAGUUGCCAAGGAGAAAUAUCGAAACUGCUAUUUAA